CAGAAGAUGCUGGCAGGGGGUGGGUAUUUGGCAUUUGUUGGCUCCGGCUCCGGGCAUUUCAAAUUCUUGGCUCCGCCGGAGCCUGCUUCUGAGCAGCCGGCUCCCCUCUCUACUACAUAUAAUAUAAACAUUAUUAUAGUAUUCCAACUAUCUCGCUCUUAUCUGCACCUACUCCUCUUCAAAUCCAUAUGGAGAGGGUUUUUGUGAUUUUUCAACUACAAGAAUCCGUCUCCAAUUACUUUUUACAAUAGAAACAGAAACUGGAGCUAUCUGUCAUGCAAAUUUACAAAAACCCAUUAAAGAAAUGCAAGAAUGCCCUCAAGAAUUUAAGAAAAAAGGAUGGUUGUGUAUAAUUUGGUUGGUGGGAAUUGAUUAUGAAAAAUCAAAUGAGGAAAGCGGAAUAAAAGAUCUUGACAAAAUAAAUAAUGCUGAGGGUAAAAAUAUUCUUGUCGAAUUUAAAGAAAAAAUUAUGGAAUCUUACAAGCCUUAUAUAAAGGAUGCACAUGGUUUUAAAUUUAUAAGAGAAAAACAAGAAAAAAUAAAAGCUGACCUAGGAUUUUAUGUAAAAUAUUUAAAUAGAGAGGAGGUUACUAAAUGGACGUUGAUUUAA